AUUAUAUAUGUGCAGUUUAACGAGCAACGAAGACUCUUGUGUAAUUUUCGAAGAGUAUUUGCGUCUACCUCUACCCUUUGUAAGUGGAAACCUGUUUCUCGCUACUUCUGCCUUGCUACUCAAAACCGCGCGGUGGUCAUCUACUUCGUGACCUGUUCCCAUAAUGGUCGGUGCGGUUGACUUUUCCUUGGCGCGCCGGUGGUUUCUUUUCGCCCUCGAUGCUGCAGCUAGAUCCCGAUGGGGCUGUGAAAAAGUCGCGAGAGUUAUUUCAUACAUCAUGCGUUUUCUUUUAUAACCACUGGGCUUCGGCGGGCUGCUCAAUUUGUAUUGCGGAAAAUGCCACAAACCACAAUCAACUAUUUCUAUCAUAAAAAAAUGCUGUGAAAAAAUGCAGAUUGAGUUUAUGUACAAAAAUGCAUCCUCGUCCAUAAAUCCUGGCUUAGCUGCCUCGACGACGCUGUAGCCAGGCAUUUAUAUCUCUAAGCCGCAGCAAAGCCAUGCGCAUGAUGAUGAAGUAGUUUGUAGUGUAUCCACACGCGGCUGAGCAGCGAUGAGGUGCAGUGCGUAUGAAGUUUGUAGGUAGAAGUGGAGUUUCGUGUGUCCUCACCGAUGACCAAAGCUCACGGUCACGAAAAGGUCAGCUCAGAUGACUACUGACAAGUUCAAGCUGUAUUGAAGAUUCGAAGACGUAUGUACGUGUUGGUCUGAUCUUGGCAGUCUUGCAUGAUUUCACCGAGCACCCUGAGCGGCCGCUAGACGACUACACGAGCGCUCCCUUUACACUGAAGGUGCACCACCUUGAGCACCUCCAUGAAGGUUGUCAGAAACUACGCAAAUUGAGCCCGACACUCGUCCUGUAGCUAUCCUUAUCCAACCACGCAUGAUGUUGAAAUGCUUGCAACUGGAUCCAAGUGGGAGGAGGAUUUUCGGAAGCUGUAUGGUCUCAUCAAGUGUCGAGUUUUCAUGUGUUGCUGUUUUUGCAACAAUUUGGCAGACAAUUUGAAUUUCUCACUUCACGUUCACCUGCAUGACCCUUUCAAACAACGCGGCUGCUCUGCAAUACAAAUGGUCAUAGGAAGUGUGCGUGUGUCUAGCCGCAUUUCUCACAUUCUUGACCUGAAAUUCUAUACUUGUGAUGGUUUUUCAUGAACACGUAAGACAAAGAUUGACAUAUUUAUAUAAAAUUGAAAUGCAAACUUAGAAAUAUAAAAAUUUCCUGACGUUUAUUCCCCUUUUCUUGCAGCAGAGUCACACAGACGCACGAACAGAAAGCGUAUUUUUUUCCUUUACGCGCCGCAUUGAAACGUCAGCCUGAGGAGCUACAAUUGGUAACGUAACACUUGAGGAGGCCAUAGAGUCGAGCCGUACAUGAUCAAAUCAAAGGAGGGCCAACAUCUGGUGGGCGAAAAGCAAACUACCCCCGCCGCGGCGCGGACCACGGGUACGCUGGAAGGACACACGAUGGCGGACGAGAUGAACGCGAAUGGGAAAACGACAAACCAGAAGACUGCCCGGGGCCGCAAAAGCGGUCAGGAUGCGCGCGGCGGAGGUGGCACCACCAACACUCCCGUGGCUGGUUCACCCCGUCGUGGCUCGAGAACAAGUUCUUCUACUAGCUCUACUGCCUCAAAAGUGCAGCUGGAGCGCUCCUCGUUGGAAGAAACGACGGAUGAAACAUCUGCCAUUCAGAUGAAACCCACUAUCACCUCCGACGCCGCCUUGGGUGAGACGUCGCAGAAACCCAGAACUACGACGGGCUCUACAGCGGACAGCAAGGGAGCGGCGAGUGGCGAAACCGAAAACGGCGUUGAGAAAAAAUAUGAAAUGCGAGAAAGAAACGAGAACAGCGAGCAAUGUCAUCCUUUUGCUUUUUUACUCCUUUGCAUGUUUUUUCCAAAGUAGAUCUGUCUCUUUUGUGAUGACGAGAAAAAGUAGAACAAUCUAGAACAUCAAACAUUCGCGCACGCCGGAACAGCACAUUUGGGAGCGGUGCUCUCUUGGUUUUGCGUUUGCCGUCUUGGUAUGACAUGGAAAAUAAGUAACCAAGAAGACCAAUUGACACUGUAAUUCCCGCCCCUGGAGGGAAGGGAAGUCGUGAUAAGGGCCUGGCGCCCAGAUGCGCUACCUACCUGAGGUAGACGCGUCAAGUCUCGCAAACUAAGCGGCAGCACGCCGCUGCUCCUGGUGAGUAAUGUAGGGCGGCGCCCGCAGUCCAGCGCGCGCCCCCUCGACCCUGGUGGGCGUUCUCUUCUUGAGGACGAGCCCAGCUCUGGAAGCUGGUGCGCCCUGUACUAUGCUCCUGGCGAGUGAGACGGCGGAGGGCCGUCCGCGUGCUUAACCUGAGCAGCACAGCGCCACACCGCGCCCGACCAGUCCGAGGCGGGCCCUUUAGUGUGUUGCCGCGUCGUGUGCAAGGAGGCCCGGCAUGGCGUGCCCCUCCCGGCGGCCUUGUGCCGUAUUGGUGGUUGGAGGCGCGCCGUCGUAAACCCUACUGCCCCACGUAGUGCGCAGCACGCAGCCGGCGGCACUUGCCGAAGAUUGGCGAAAACGGUGGGGCCUGCGCUAUUCUGGAAAGCCUCGGCUGGCACCUUACCCCCCUGGCGGGGCCGCAAGACCGUUCCCGGGAGGCGGCGCAAGAGGCGGCGGUGGCUCCGCCUGCGUGAGCCGCCACCGCCACAGCUUGCGCCCUACAUUCUCCCCGUCCGGCAAUUGCCGGAUGUCCGUGGAGCCGCUCUGGAAGCGCACCUCCCUACGCACGUAGUGCAAUUAUUCUGUGUUAGUGCGCCCGGUGUGCACCCUCUGAAUAAUGCUGCUAUAAGGAGCGAGUGCUCGAAGCAGGGCAGCACAGCGCGCCCAUUUCCCUUCAUGCGCGUUGCUCUCCUUCUGCUUCCACGACUUGAGGCCGUGUGUCGCGUUGAAGGGUUUUCGCACGUCCUGCUCCCACAGCCGUGUUGUCAGACGGAUCAUCGCAAGUAUAGCCUGGUCAAAGAGCGAGCACCGCUUCUGUUUGAAACAAGAGCGGGUCAAAUACAAUACAAUACAAUUGACACUGUAAUUUACCUUUGGUAGUCGCUCGCAACUUCACGGCUCUUUAUAAUUUCCGUUUGCGUACACAAUGAACAAGUUUGGAGUUGUCACAACUGGACACACGCACAGUUGACAGCUUGUGUAGUGUAGUUUUGUCCUUUCUACUAUCACCAAAUCAAGCACAAAGUGCCACACCAUGAAGAGCAGAGCGUGAGGUUGCUUCCCAGGUGAUUGUCAUGUCUACAGCUUCUGCCUGUGCAGUUCUACUUACAACGGGACGCACAUUUCAAGGUUCGGAAUCAAGAGCGUUAAGCGGCAAAUUUGCAUUUACAAAAAUCGCGCACAUCGAGAAUCAGAACAGAGUAAAUGAGCGCACAUGUUUCUUUCUCGUACGAGGUACGUCCGUGCAUAGUUAGACUCAGAGCUCGACGACGAGCACGGGCGGCGACGGGCAGCUAACACCAGCCGCUGAAACCGAGAUAACGGCGCGCAAUGGUGGGGUUGGUUCCUCCUCCACCCUGGAAGACGGUAGCAGGAGCGCAACGGAUGGUGUGACGACGGAUGGAAAAAUGGAUCUUGGUCCCCUUGGUGCACUGCAUGACGUUGGUGACGGUAUCUCAUCUACAACGGGACGCGCCUCAUCUACCACAAACGCUGGAACAACUUCUCCGUCAGGCACUGGACCUGGCGGCGUGACGCUGGAACAUGAAGAUGGUGCUGGUGCGCGGACCGCAGAGUCACAGGAUACUGCAGCUGCAGAUCGCUCCGUGACCGGGGACCGUGACCAGCAUAUGACGGACGCCGGCGCAGCGGAGGGUGCAAGAAGUGAAAAAGUUACAGGGCAAGGAAAGUCGAAGUCGUCAGAACCUAAAGCUGCAUCUGCGACUCCUACAGAUUUGCCGCGGAUGGAAGCGAAAGGAGAAGAACAGGAUAAUCAGCACCAAAGCAGGUCCACGACAGAAAGCAGGAGUGCGUCGGGGGAUAGUGGGCACGUAGCUCCUGCAGACAGCACCUCGUCUCACAGCACCGAAGAAGUAGCUGGCGCAGCAUCUGAAAGAGGAGGUGGAGAGGCGAAGCUGGUGAGGCCGAGCCGGGGCUACUCGGCUGGUGGCGUUUCUACUUCCGCAACUGGUCGCGCGGCACCACCAGCGGUCGUAGAUCCGAAAACGAAGAAAGUUAAAUUCCCUGAUCAAGAUGCGGACCAAAGUGGUGGAGCUCCUUUGCAGGCAACUCCUGAAGAGCGCGAGCAACGCGAGCAGUUCGAGGCGGACGGAGGCUUGAGUUUCCUUUCCGAGGAGGAUGUAGACGAAGCGUCGCUGCGUCGACCUUCUACGUCUACGUCUGCAGCUGCUUCCGUAACCUCCUCUACUCCAAGAAAGACCUCGCACGGGUAUCACCAGGUGGAGCAGCAGGAGGAAGUAACUCCACCCUUUCCACUCACAGAAAAAUUACCGGCCGCAAAAGCAGGGGAAAACCCGGGCCAGGGGUUGCCACGCGAUCAUGAAAAUGAUCACAACCAUGCUGAGAAUGAUGAAGUCUUCGCGAGCACUUUCGAGGGUGGCACAGGUAGCCCGGCGGCGACCACCGCGACAAGAAGCAAAUCGAAAUCUUCUGAGUUUGAUACAAUUGCCGAAGAUUUCGAACUCGAAGCGAAAGCAACAAGCCAAACACAUGCCCCACAGCUGGCAGAAAUUGCGACUCCUUCUUCGGCAAUGGCGCUGCGAGACGAGCAGGUUGAUCAGAAAACCCUCGCAAGCGGCAAUGAUCUUCAUCACGCAACAGGAACUAGCACACGCCCCAGCGGUCCUGCAAACGGGUUGACGGACUUUCUUGAAGGUGAUUCGCCUGCAACGACUGAAAUAGUGGAAACCGGCGACAUCGGUGGGCGCAUGUCUAGUGAGGUUGCUGGCGGUGCGACGAGUGCAGGUGAGGAGCGGUCGCCGCACGUAGUGGAGGACAACGCUCUGAAGACGGAUGCUGACGACGACGAAAACCAGCAGGAGGGACCUCCAUGCACGUCGUCGCGGCAUCUCGAGAUUGCUACUCCUGCGCCAAAGGCUACACAAAAGCCACGGGGUGCUGCAGCGACUCCUGUGCCCUUAAUGUCUCAAGAUGUGGAACCGCCGGAAGCGAUUUCCGCCACGGAAUCGGGCGCCGCUGCGCAACCCGAAGCUCCCAGCAAUCUUGAUCCUGGCGCGUCGGUUUCUGCUCUUCCAGGAGGAGAGCCGCCACCGCAGCAAAUUAGCGCAAAGGACGAAGAGAAGGGCCGGCCGGCUGUACUCGUAGGUUACAAGGACAGAUACCCAACGAAAUACAAUGCUGGAGAUAUUGCAGCGGACGCGACGUGGAAAAAGCAAGCGACGUGGGAUCUCAUCAACGGCGCCUACGUCACAACGUUGGACCCGUGUACGGAAAUGGAUUUUCUUCGCUGUAGCGGCAGUGUCGAGCUGGGGCCUGCUUCGGUUCAUUCCUCAGGCACCCCUGUGCCGGGAAAAGAAGGUGCGUCUGCACUGCCCAUAUCUGUGCGGCAUACUUUUAGCAGUGCGGAACUAGUAUCAGACAUAGGGGAGCCGUCAAUGACAUGCGCGGUACUAACGAAAGAUUGCGCGGCCGAAGAAACCGAUGCAGGAAUAGCACGCUUUCUCGCAGGGAGAAAUAGGGAGUGGUACCAUGACACACAGUGGAUGUGCCAAGGUGAAAGUGGCGGUCUUGUUGCCUAUUGCGGCGGGCUGCCACAAGAACCAGCCCAAGCGGCGUGGUGGUCGUGCUUGUCUUGUUCUCCCUUGACGAAGCCGGCGGUUGACGGUGGAGAAGAUGCGGAGAGGGGAACUUGCCUGUGGAAGGAGACGCUCGUUGUACCACCAGGCCAGACGUCGACCCCGGCCACGAGGAGGUAUUGUGGCCAUGUCGCUAACGUUGAGCCGAGUGCCAAAUUGCAGAACAUCCCGGACUGUUUGGAAUUGUCGCCCCAAACCCGGAGCAUCAUGCUGACGCUUCGGCCAUCGGACGGAAGCAGCCAGAGCCCCCCAGCAGCAACUGAUGCCAGCGCCAGGCAAGAAUGCACCUCACCAGCAGAAGGCAGCAGCGGAGGUCAGGUCGAUGUCAUAAACCACUACAAAAAAUCGGCACCGGGCGGCGGGCAUGCGCGGGUAUCGUUUGGGGCUUUUGAGGUAGCUGAAGCUGCGCACUUUUCUACACAAGAAGCCCCCGCGCGCGCGGCCGAGGCUGCCUCGGUACAACAAAUAAAAGGAAGUGCCGCGGGCGCGGCGACGUCGCUCUUCUGCAAAAUACUCCUUGACGGGGUUCAGUUCAAGCCCCCCGACCUCCCUUUGGGUUUGACCGACGUCGCGCGGGGGAUCAUCUUCCAACAGUCGAAUACCGGCGAGUGCGAAGUUGGGAACUUUGUGCAUGGAUACCCCCCGCAAAAUGGGAGAGUUUACUACCAGUUUUGCUGCGACGGGGGCUUUAGUGUGCGCGAGCCAAUGAUGCAGACACGGCACGAAAAUGCCGACGCCGAGACGAGGACGCUCGGCCCCUUUGCUUGUCUCGCCGCUAGAGAUGUUCUGGGCAAGGAGCGGAUCGCCAGGCUCUUCUCGAAGCCCGACACCGCAAACUGGCGCGCCCUGUGUGGUGUCAAAAUGCGUGGGGACCUGCUUGACUUCCUCCCGAGCUCUGCCUCGAUCACUAUCUCGAAAAGCCCAACAAGUGCGGGAGAGCAGGCUGUACGUGUACUGAAUCUUUUGCUGGGAAUCAUGUUGCAGGUCUAUUUGCAGUUGCUGAAGAUGCAUAGAGCUGGCCUGAUGCACAGGGACGUGAAGGCCGAGAACAUCCUUCUGUAUUUCACGGAGGAUGGCGUUUCGAACUUGUUCCAAAUGGCGUCUGCAUUUGCGCAGGAAAAAGGUGGUCGCGCCCCAACCUCAGUGACCGCAGUUCUGAUGGAUUUUGGCUUCGUGUGUCGUGCCUCUCAAAAAGCGUUUGUCGACAAAAGUUUGGCAACCAAGGUAAGGGAGUGCUCAGCAACCGGGGGUGACGUGGGGUCGGAGUUAUCCGUGUCUCCGGAUCAUUGGUGGAACAUCCGCCCUAUAGGUUCUCCCAUCGCAGGGGCGAUCUGCUUUCCUGGGCAAGAACGACGGCAAGCCUCGUCCGCCUCAUCUUUCUGCAGACGGAUCCGUCGAGUGCUCCAAAGAACACAGAAAAGGUACAAGUGGGCGAACAAAGCUCGUUUGCCUGGCCAAGAAGCACUGAAAAAUCUUUCAGGGAUAUUUUUCAACUGCGCAACAAGGAUCUGGCGAUGCUUCAAAAUAAAGUACGAUUGAUCCCGGAGACCGAGACCGAGCAGAGGAAAAUUAUUUGGAGUGAAAAGACCGUGGUCGACCUCUGCAAGUCCCCAGAGCUGGCUUUUCUGAACGAGUCGGGCUGCAAGAAGGUUGCCAAGCUGAAAUUUGACAUGGAGCAAUUCAGGGCAGAGGCUCGCAAGUUCAACAUCAACAUCCAGACGCUUGAGGAUUUUGAGGGAACCGCGGUCGCCGAAAAGUCUCUUCUGCAGAUCGUGUUCGAAGCCUUACUCGGGAAGCUCGACCGGAACUCGGACAUCAAACCUGCGCCGAAAGAUAGCUACGCGGAUUACGAUGAGUACGACUGGGGGCAGGAAAAUCCAAAGAACUGAUGAGUCGGGACGGAAAUCAUCAUCUCGGCUACCUUUGCCUAUCCACCAGGAGCUGACCAAAAGAUCAGCACACUAUGCCCCCGCACGCACAUUUGAUAACCAUCUUAUUGAUCUUGAAAACAAUACGGUUCUGUUUGGGUUGCAAUAAAGAUGAAAGUAUCUGUAAGUUUGAGGUGUCUGUAAGUACAAGAUGGAUUGUCC